AUACCGGGAAUGGGAAAUACCGGGAUUGGGAAAUACCGGGAAUGGGAAAUACCGGGAAUGGGAAAUACGGGGAAUGGGGGACAAACACCGGAAAUAGGGGACACUGGGAAUAGGGACACUGGGGAUGCGGCACACUUAGCCUGGGGCGCACUGGGCAUGGGAGACACUGGGAAUGGGGGUGACAAGGGACACCGGGAAUGGGACACACCGAGGGUGGGGGCGCUGGAUGAGAGGGCCGAGGGCUGCGGUGACACUGGGGACAGCGUGGGGACAGCUGUGGGGUCACAGCAGCGCUGUCCCCACUGCGGGGACACCGGGGCUGCUCCGCUGCUGUCGCCCAGCGGCUCCUGGGGACACGCUGGCGGUGCUGGGGACAGGAGACUGCGAUGUCCCCAGCCCUGGGGACCGGGAUGUCCCCUGCCAGCCGUCCCCAGCCCUGUCCCCUGUGCAGGUCCUUCCCCGUGCCCUCCAUGUCCCCAGCGCCGCCCGGCAGCUCCACACCAGUCCCGUGUGCCUCAAGGCGCGGGCGGCGCGGGUGCGCGCGGGCAAGGGUGACAAGCUGGUGACGUACGAGCAGGCGCACGCCCCGCACCACAUCGGGCACCGCAAGGGCUGGCUGUCCCUGCACACCGGUAACCUGUGCGGCGAGGCGGGCGCGGCCCCGCGGGCCCUGGAGGACGCGUUCCUGCGGCGCUUCCUGGCCGGGACGUUCCCGGGGCUGCUGCUGGACGAGGCGGUGCUGAAGCGCCGCGGGAACCUGCUGGUGCUCUGCGCCCUCCUGGCGCGGGCGCUGCCGCCCCACAAGCUCUACUUCCUGCAGGGCUACGCCGAGACCCUGCUCGGCCACUUCUACAAGUGCCCCGUGCGCCUGGAGCUGCAGACCCUGCCCGCCCGCCUGCCAUACAAGUUCAUCUAGGGUGAACCGGGAAACGGCCCUAAAAAUCCUGUAAAUGGUCCUGGAAAACCUGUAAAUGUUCCUGGAAAACCUGUAAAUGGUCCUGGAAAACCUGCAAAUGGUCCUAAAGGAGUGAUCUGGCGUGUGCCCUAUAAGUUCCUCUAGAAAUAAACCUGUAAAUGUUUCCAAAAAACCUGUAAAUGUUCCUAAAGGACUGCUCUGGGAUGUGCCCUACAAGUUCCUCUAGGAAUAAACGUGUAAAUGCUUCCAAAAAACAUAUAAAUGGUCCUGAAAAACCUAUAAAUGUUCCUGGAAAACCUGUAAAUGUUUCCA